CAAUCCUUUGUCAACUCGUCCUUUUUCACAAAGCUCUCUAACUUGAAGUUGGAUGUCAUCAAGUUGGAUUCCUCUCCAGUUCCUAUAUAUGGCUCAUGCGACAUAAUCUCAAAACCUCCCAGACAAGCUCCAAUAAUAAACUUGAAUUCGACUUCUUUCAGCUCGCUUGCUGAAAAUUUGGAAUCCUUGCCCACAGACUCUUGUUUUCUAGUCAAGGGCGAGAUCAAAAAUGUCAAUACCAUCGAGGAAUUCAAAACCUGUGACAAACAACAGUUUUUAAACGAUUUGUGCAGUCAAUUGUUGGACAGUUUUACUGAAGAUAGAAGGACCCAAAUAUUGGAAAACCCUUAUCUUUUAAAUACCUUCAAAGUUCUAUCCUUUUCUGAUUUGAAGAAAUACAAAUUCUAUUAUUGGUUUUGUUUCCCUUCAUUAUAUUUACCUUGGAAUAUAGUGGAGACUUUACCUCUCAACUCAAAAGAAAAUGGGUCCAAUGACUCUAACGAUUACCAAUUGAUCUUGAAAAAUAUUAAAGAAAAUUGGUGGAACAAUAAUGAAAUCAAUAAUCUAUCAAAACAAUUCUUUAUCCUAGACAAAAAUGAUUUAAAUCCAAUACUCCUAAAAAAUAUUUUAAAUUAUGAUUUAAACAAUCAAGAAAUUGUUUUUGGAAUGAUUGAUUCGUCAACUGUGCCAAAUAAACCCUCUUGGAAUUUAAGAAAUUUUUUAGCAUUUCUAAACAUCUCCUUUAAGCUUACCAAAAUUAAAAUAUUGAUUUUUAGAAUAAAUUACCCAACUUUAUCAUAUUAUCUCACCACUGCAUUACCUCAAUCUGAUAAUCAAAUUACUAAAAACAUUGGUUGGGAACGGAAAAUGAACAACAAAUUAGGUCUGAAAUUAGCAGAUUUAGGCUCCUUAAUCGAUCCAAUUCAACUAGCUGCUCAAUCAAAUGAUUUAAAUCUAAAAUUAAUGAAAUGGAGAAUAAUUCCAGAAAUCAAUUUGGAUAUAAUAAAACAAACAAAAUGUCUCUUGUUAGGCGCUGGAACUCUAGGUUCCUAUGUUUCAAGAGCCUUAAUGGCUUGGGGUGUUCAAAAUAUCACUUUUGUCGACAAUGGUAAAGUAUCCUUUUCCAAUCCAGUUAGACAACCUCUUUAUAAAUUCGAUGAUUGUAUAAAUGGUGGAAAAUUCAAAAGCUUACAAGCUGCUCAAGCUUUAAAAGAAAUAUUGCCAACAAUAAAUUCCAAAGGUUAUAAUCUUGAAGUUCCAAUGAUCGGUCAUCCAAUUAAAAAUUAUAAUACAGAAAAGCAAAACUAUGAACAACUUUACACCUUAAUACAAAAUCAUGAUGUAAUCUUCUUACUAAUGGAUUCAAGAGAAACAAGAUGGUUACCAACCGUAAUUGCAAACGUUUUAUCAAAAACAGUUAUCAAUGUAGCCUUGGGGUUUGAUUCAUAUCUUGUUUUAAGACAUGGCUGUAUUAAACCUGAAGCCUUGGAAUCACAAGAUUUAAAUGAAUCAAGACUAGGUUGUUAUUUUUGUAACGACGUUGUCGCUCCAAGCGAUAGUUUAAAGGACAGAACUCUAGAUCAAAUGUGCACAGUAACUAGACCUGGCGUGGCCUUGUUAGCCUCAUCUUUGGCCGUUGAAUUGUUAGUCUCAAUUUUACAUCAUCCUAAAAAACAAUUUGCAAACUCCAUAGUCUCUACAAAACACCAACCUACAAUUUUAGGUGAUUUGCCUCAUCAAAUUAGAGGUUUUCUACAUAAUUUUGAAAAUAUCAAAUUGUCAGCUCAAAAUUAUAAAUACUGCUCUGCUUGCUCUUUAAAUAUUCUAAAGGAAUUCAAAGAUAGCGGCUGGGACUUUGUUGUUAAGGCUUUAAAUGACUACAAAUACAUUGAAGAUUUAAGUGGUUUAACAAAGGUUCAACAAGAAGCCGAAGAGGCUGCGUUGCAAUUUGAA